AUGGAUAGUAGGCUAAUCUUCCAACAGUUGCUGAUACAUACCGUGAAGGAUCCGCAGAAAUUGUUUCCUUGUGUUGAAACAAAUGUUUCAGUGUCAGAAUUUGAAGGAGUGUCCCCGCAUCAGGCACUCAUUUGCAUUUGUGAAGCUCUGAAACCAAUUGGAGACUUGUGGACAACUGAUGACGAAUGGAUGGUCAAGUAUAAAUAUAAUGCAGCGAAUAAAUGGAGUCUAGUGGAUCUAAAAAAACUUGCAUUGGCAAUGCUUAAGGACAUGAUUAAGCUAGCCAGGGAGAGAUUAUAUGAUACUACGGAUGAGGAUGAAAAGAUGAGGGCCUGCAGUUUCCCAAGUUCUUAUUAUUCUUCGCCUUUCCUCCUUCAUCUAAGAGUUCAAGCGGUUAGAAAACUGAACCCCAUUGAUCUAAAGCACCUAUCAUUCCACAUUUUCCAUCAUGCUGUAGAUCAAGAUUCUAGAUAUUUGUUCCAGUUAAGUGAGAAGCAUAAGGAAGAACACCCGGAGAUAGAAGCAACACGGCAUUCUGAAAUGACGAAAGACAUGGAUAAGUUUCAUGACGUUGUAGGUGAUGCUCCUGAGACGUCAGUGAAAGAACAUUCUGCACCAGGACCUCCACCACUAUUACCAAUUAGUCCGAAAAACAAAGCAACGUCCCAAACUUUACCUCCGCCUCCUCAUCUUCCACCUUCACUGGCUUCAAAGAACCCGAUAUCAUUACCUUCUUCUCCUCCACCACCUCUACCUAUCCCUUUUACCUCUGGAAAUCCAUCAUGUCCUCCAACUCCUCCACCACCAAUGACAUCAAGAAAUGGUGUACCAGUACCGCCAGCCAUGGCACCACCUCCAGGGCUUGCUGGUGCCAACAACCUCUAUCCCAAGAAAGCUACCACAAAAUUGAAGAGAUCUUCCGAGAUGGGUAAUUUGUUUCGACAUCUCAAGGGGAAAAUAGAAGGAUCAAGUUUUGAAAGCAAAUCAUCAGGGAGGAAAGGUGUUGGAUGUUAUGCUCGACAUUUUUUGGAGCCCAAUGAUGCAGCCCAAAAAGGAGUGGCCCUUUUAACUGAAUGUGGCCCGAUUUUCCAUUGCAAUCAUUCCUUGGUUAUAUUCUUCUUGUGUUCUUUCUUCUUCAUUAGAGAAUUUCUAUUAUCUAGUACUUCAGUUCUAUUUGCUCCAUAUUUUACACCUCCUUUGAUGGUUUCUGGUAUAUUUGACACCUCUACCGGAGGAAAACAGGGAAUGGCUUAUGCAUUAGCACAGAUGAAAAAACGGUCAGCGUACUUCCAACAAAUUGACGAGGAUAUCGAGAAUCACGCAAAAUCAAUUAACGAUGUGAAAUCUGCAAUAACUUCUUUCCAGACAUCCGACAUGGCUGAGCUCAUUAAGUUCCACCAAUACUUGGAAUCUCACCUUGAGGAAUUAACUGAUGAAACACAGGUGUUAACAAGAUUUGAAGAUUUUCCCACAAAGAAAUUGGAAGCAUUAAGGAUGGCAGCAGCAUUGCACUCGAAGUUAGAUUCGGUAGCUAACACUUUGCAGAAUUGGCCAAUAAAGUCACCUUUUGGCCAACUCCUGGAUAAAGUUGAGAAAUAUUUCAAUAAGUUAAAAGAACUGAUGGUGGAUGUUUCUUCGUGCUGUACGGAGGUGGCACUUAAGGUUAGUUCAGACCAGAAUAUUUUGUUAACAAGGGCGAAACCUCUUGAGAAAAAGAAAAAUGGAUCUGCUGAAAUGCUUUGGAAGGCUUUCCAGUUUGAAUUCCGAGUUUAUACAUUUGCCGGUGGACAAGACGACCGCGCUGAUAAGCUGACAAAAGAACUUGCCCAUGAAAUCGAGACCAGUUCUCAUCAAUAA